AUCAACAGAAGCUGCUUCGUACAACCGCAGAGGAGGAGGAGGAGAGAAAAGCAGCUGCUGUCGCCUUUACAUCACGCUCGCCCCCCCGCUGGGUGUGUAUAGCUACUGCAGGCAGGCACGAGAGAAAGAGCCGUGUUUCAGCUCACAGCGAGGAGGACUGAGAGGAUCAGAGCAAAGGGCGGAAUGUGUCCGGGAGCUUUGUUGACUGUGUGCUAGAGGCAGUGCAGCCUGUUCACCCGCAGCACCGAGCCACCAUUUGUGUCACCCUUCUGCAUCCUGACAGAAGAAAACAGCGCUGUGUUUCUUCCGCGCUCUUCACCCCGGAGAACUGGGCUGAUUUUGGGGGAUUAUGCUUGAGCAUGGCAUGUGUCGGGUUUAUGUGCCGUGAAUGAAAAUUGCACGACUGUCCGACACGACCUGCAGAGGAGCAGACAGGCAGGCAGGCAGGCAGGCGCAGGCAGAGCAGAGCAGAGCAGAGCAGCUGCGCUCAGCACGAGCCUGCGCUCUUCACUCCCGGAUCUCAGUCAGAGCGCGCGCUCAUACGCUUCAUUCUUUCCUCCACUGAUGGCUGCGUUUUGACCCGCUGAGCGGAGACCGAACGCGCGUUUUGUUUUGUUUUGUUUUGUUUCACGGUAUCUGAGCUACAAUGUAAGCGCGCGCGGCUGUAAUCGUUCUCGCUGUAUUGGUUAUCAGUCAGGACCGACGCAGGGCUCUUACACGCGCUACACCUUCAUCAAAAUGCCGGCCGGAAUGAAGCCUCUGGAGAAGUUCCUUAAGAAGCAGACGAACGCGCUGACUCGGGCCGGUGGUUUCGGAGGAGAGAAGGCGGCGGCGGGCACGAGCGCGGCUCGGCGGCGCGCAAGCCUCUCGCGCGUCGUCCCUUUCUUCCGCGAGAGCUCGCCUGAGGGCGGACCGGCGCGCGGAGACGUCUUCAGCCCCGAGACCGAGGAGGCGCCGUGCUGGCCGUCAGCCGCCGCGACUGAUAUCCGGAGCCCGUCUCUGUCCAGUGACGAGCAGAGCUCCGAGGCGAGCCUGGACACGGGCUGGACCCCGCUGCCCGCCGACACACCGGAGAACCUGGCGCUCGCGCUGCUGGACAGCGUGGCAGGCAAACGCUUCGGCAACUGCACAGAAAUACUCCUGGAUGACUUCAUGUUGACACACCCAAUCUUCCUGGCGUCCGACAAGUUCCAGCAGGUCCUGCUUCAGCAGUUUGGAGCUGAACCCAAGCAAGGCGAGGCCUGGCCCACCUGGGAUGGACCGGAGAGGAAGCAGGCUGUGCUCAGUGUGGCCUUCCGCUACCUGGACACAUACAGAGAACUGCUACAGGAAGAGGGGGACAGGUCCAACAGCUUUCCUAAGGACCUGUACCUUUCUGCUGUGCAAGAGCUCAGCCGCUUCCCCGAGCUCGUGGAGGACAUUCUAAAGCUCCAGCGCUGGACUGAGAUCCUCCACAACCCGGCAGAGGAGGACAAGGAGAGUCGGAAGAAGCAGGUGCGUCCACUCUUCCGCCACUUCAGACGCAUCGAUGCCUGCCUGCAGCCGCGAGAGGCUUUCCGCGGCUCAGAUGAAAUUUUUUGUAGGGUGUACACACCCGACCACUCGUACGUGACCAUCCGCAGCCGCCUGUCCUGCCGCGUCGGAGAGAUCUUGGCUCUGGUCCGAGAAAAGCUCCAGUACAGUGAGGAGCAACCGACCCAACCAGGCAACCUCAUCCUGGUGGCGGUCACCUCAUCUGGAGAGAAGGCUGUGUUCCGUCCCAGUGAUGAGGCUGUUUUCACCACUCUAGGUGUCAACACGCACCUGUUCGCUUGCGAACCCUCUGAGCUCGAGAGCCUGAUGCCCCUGCCUGAGGAGAUCCACUGGUCCCCAGGUGACAGCAAACUCCAUGACAUGAGUGCAGAGGAAGUGGCCAACCAGCUGGUGGUGUUUGACUGGGAGCUCUUCAGUUGUGUGCAUGAGGUGGAGUUUGUGUGUUAUGUGUUCCAUGGAGAGGAGGCUCGAUGGCGCCCCCUCAACCUCGAGCUGGUACUGCAGCGGUGCAGUGAGGUGCAGCACUGGGUUGCUACAGAGAUCCUGCAGUGCCAGUCCCUGCCUAAAAGGGUGCAGCUGUUGCGCAAGUUUAUCAAGAUCGCAGCUCUGUGUAAGCAGCAGCAGGACCUGCUGUCGUUCCUUGCUGUAGUUUUGGGGCUGGACAACCCUGCAGUUAGCCGUCUGCGCCUUACCUGGGAGGGCUUGCCCGGAAAAUUCAGGAAGCAGUUCCAGCAGUUUGAGAGCAUUGCGGAUCCCUCCAGGAACCACAAGUCAUACCGGGACCUGUUAGCCAGUCUGAGGACUCCACUUAUCCCCUUCACCCCACUACUGCUCAAAGAUCUGACGUUCCUUCAUGAGAGCUGUAAGACGUUCCAUGGGGAGCUGGUUAAUUUUGAGAAGAUGCAUAAAGUUGCAGAAAUGGUGAGGAGCAUCAGGCGGUACAGGAGUACUCAGCUAGUGAUGGAAGCCGAGCCGUCUCCCUCCCACCUCCAGACCAAGGCGUAUGUGCGCCAGCUGCAGGUCAUCGACAAUCAGAACCUGCUUUUUGAAAUGUCAUGCAAGCUCGAGCCCAAAGAUAUGUAACAGGGCUAAUCAUCUGCCAUCCAGACCCCUCCCUCCUCAUAACACAACUUUCUGCUUCUCCAUCACAGCUGGACUGCUGGAAGAGUAGUGAAAAUGUGUCGGGACGUAAAGCAGGAACUCCUGCUUCUGGAAGGCUGGACUUUGGGACGGAGUUAAAUGUUCUACAGCACUCUUGUUCAUCACACACAACGUCUGCAACAUUUCAGUGUUUUGUUUGUUUGUUUUUUUCCUUCCCCCACUUUGUGAGGACCUUUUGAUCAGUUCCCUGGAGGCUUUUCUCAGAUUUUUCCCUCUAUAUUAUAUAUUGGGGGGGGGUUCCCUUUUUUUCUUUCCUUUUUCCACUUUUUUUGGUGUGAUCUGUCCAGUUUGCACUGCCAUCAGUGGAACCGAAGCAAAUGCGAUGGAUCACAUGACACUACAUUUUCCUCUGGAUGCUUUCGGACUUCACCUGUUUUACCUCGCACUAAAAAAAAAAAAUACCCCACUAAAACAUGACAGUCUGACCUCAUGGACUUUGUCUUUAGUUUGUCCUCUCUUCCCUCCUGCGCAAACCAACAAAGGCACUUGGCACUUACUGUAACCUGGCAGCCCUCAGCUCUGUGUUAAACACCCCCACCACCACCACCAGUUGCCAGUCCAAGACUGGCUCCUUCAUGCUACAUGAUGAGUUCAGGCCUCAGUGUAUUUAAUGAAGAGACGACGUCUAUGAAAUUGAAAGUGUGUCUGUUUUUUUUUUUUUUUUUUUUUUUAUUGGUUGUUGUGUAUGAAAGCUCCAGUCUCGGGCUUUGUCACAUUGCUCUGUGUGUGUGUGAGACACAGCGAGCACCUCUGCACAACAUCCAUUUACUCCGCAAUUAUUUCAUAUUGUUUGUCCAAACAUCGUCUCCAUAUAAAGUAUGCUGAGGCCUUUAGCCACCUUGAGUGAGUUUCAUGAAAAAAAACAAAACAAAAAAACUGUCACUCACUGUAUAUGAGGGAGGUUUUUACUCUUCAUUUUAGAUGCAAGAUUUCAAUAUAUUCGUAUUUAUGUACUGUAUCUGUUUUUUCUUUGAUUCUCUUACAAUUCAAACCCACACUCAGUUCUCUUAAUUCCUAACAAAGGCAGUAAUUGAUAUCUUGAUUAACUACUAAUGAAUUACGCCCUUACCUGAUUUUUUUUUUUUUUUAAUUAUUAUUAUUUUAUAAAUGCCAUGGCCAUUAUUCUGCUCUCAAACACAGUUCACCAUCUCUUGCCAAACCCUAAAUGGAGCCAUCAUAAGCUAUAAAGCAAACCUGCUCUCAGACGGGCCGCAGGGAAAACAUCUAACCGCUGCUGGCUGCUUUUACUCGUCUCAGAUGCGACUCUCUCAGGAUUUUCUUCCUGCUGAGAACCUUUUGCAGAGGCCUGUCUGAAAAGCCUCCGUGUACAUAUGUUCAUGUAAAUAGCGAAAUAAAUAUGAAGACUCUAUUUUAUGUAUGAGAAAUAAGAUGGACGUUCAAUGAGAAUACUUGUUUUGUAUAUCUGAGGGGGUAAAAACAUGCUUGUAAAUUUUAAGAACAGAUCUUAAGAGUCUAAUGUUCAUGCUGAAAUAACUGUACAGCAUAUCUUCCUCUUGGUUUUGUUGCAUUGCAGUUUUUAUUUGGUUCCUAGCUGUAGUAGAUGAUGUGUAUAUAUUAUAGUUUUGUUUAUCUUUUUGUUGGCUUGUUUACUAUUUAGUGAUUUACUGGAAUUGUACAGCAUGUGUUCGCUUUAGUUGGAUUUUAUUGGUUUUGUUUGGGUUUUUUUGUUUUGGAUUUUUUUUUUCUUUAAAGCGGGUAAUCUACAAUCUCUGGGUUUUUUUUUUUUUUGGUUUUUGUACAGAAGUCCGUGUUUACAGUGCCCUCCUCUGAAACUCAGACGUGUCCAGUGAGGUGAGAGGAAGGCGGGUCAGGAGGAGGCGCUGCUCCGCCUCCAUCUCCAAAAAAAACAAAAAACAAAUUCCCAACAAAUCUUCAAUAAAGCCUCUUCUGAUGA